AUGCCAGUCCUCGCCAGCUCCGACGUCCCCUCACUCUCCCUCCUCUACCGGCUCAAGAAGCUCUGGCCGGCUUCCCCCGGCUCUAGCCCGCCGCCCACGCUGCUCGGCCCCAAUACGAGCACCGGCCUCCCAACCCCGUCCAAAUCGCUCAACGACCGCGUCGCGUUGUGGCGCGGUGACAUCACGAGGCUGCAGGUCGACGCUAUCGUGAAUGCGGCCAACCGCUCCCUCCUCGGAGGCGGCGGCGUCGACGGCGCAAUCCACCGCGCGGCCGGCCCCGACCUCUACGAGGAGUGCCGCACGCUGGGAGGCUGCGAAACAGGCUCCGCCAAGAUCACGAACGGCUACGAACUGCCAUGCCGGAAGGUCAUCCACGCGGUGGGGCCCAUAUACGACCCCUUCAAGCCCGAGCAGAGCGAGCGGUUGCUGACGGGGUGCUAUACGCGUUCCCUGGAGCUGGCGGUGGAGAAUAGGUGCCGGAGCAUAGCUUUCAGCGCGAUCAGCACGGGCGUGUAUGGGUACCCCAGCCAGGACGCGGCGCCGGCGGCGCUGAGCGCGAUACGCAAGUUUCUUGUUGGGUCGCAGGGCGACCAGAUCGACCAGGUGGUCAUUGUGACCUUCGAAAUGAAGGAUUUGGAAGCUUACAACCAGUUCAUCCCGCUUUACUUCCCUCCCGUACCCGAUCAUGAUGGCCAAAAGGCCGAGCACGAAAAUCAGAUACAGGAGGCAGAGGCUAGACUUGAUGCUGAGGCUGAGGCCGUUGCGCGUGAGCUCCCUAACGCUCCGACAUCUGACCCCUUCGAUGCCGCUCACGCUGGCAAGAAGCAGAAGCACAAAGAUGAUUAA